UAUCGUGCGUGUAUUUUUCGAUGUGAUCGUGUCGUGCAAAUGGCGGUUGUCGUGGUGUUUUGUGAGGUGUUACCUCGAAAUUAAUUACGCCAUACCGUUAAUAGAGCGCUCGGCGAGGAAGAGAGUGCGAUAAGACAAAUCGGUGCCGCGUUCGCGGAUCGUUCGUAAUCAUCAUGGUGAAGCUGUUGAAGAAAUUCUUCGCGGGUGACAAAGUGUUCGCGAAAGUUCGAGGUUAUCCGCCAUGGCCAGCCAAAGUUGAAAAAGUUAGUGAUCCAAAUUCAAAGAAUGCUAAAUAUGGCGUUUACUUUUAUGGUACAGGAGAAACAGCUGUUUGCAAGGUUGAAGAGUUGUAUACUUAUACUGAAAACAAAGCAAAGUUUUGCAAACCUAUUCGACGAAAGUUUUUUCAUGAGGGCAUACAGCAACUUGAACAAGAACUUAAAAAUGACAGAAAUAAGCCUAUGGCAGAUAUCGCUGCCAUUAAAGGUACUGAUGCGACAGAAUUGCCAACUGUUAGUGCUACAGAUAGUGACAUGGAAUCUGGUUCCUUAAUGAUAGAUGAAGGAGAGAAAAAGAAAUCUUUGAAAAGGAAAUCUCUUACAACUACCUCCAAUACUCCUGAUACUCCAGAAGUAAAAAAGAAACGUGGUAGAGGGAAAGCCACAAGUGAUGCAUCGAAACAGGAAGCUGCUUUAGAUUCACAAGGCGAGGAAUCGCCUAAAGAAGUAGUUAGUCGCAGUGGACGCAAGAUUAAGCCAAAACGCUUUGCAGAUUUCUCUAGUUCCGAUGAAACUGAAACCAAUAUGGAUAAAAAUGAACAUUCUGGACGAGGUCGUAAAGUGAAAAGUGAAGAUUCUAAUGAGCAUCAAAUAACACCAAAUAUAAUGCAUAAGAAAAGAGCUGCUAUUGAAAAGAGAAAUAAUGAAGGACCGAUACUUGAUGGAACGGUAGUAUCAAGUGGGACAUCUUCUGAUACAUCAAACCGCGUUCUAUUAGCUCGUACAUUUGCUGGAGAACAUGUAGGCAUUAAGCUGGAUAUGGACAGGCCGAAGUCUUUUGAAAGUAAAGAAGCUCGAACGCGAUGGGACUGGAUAGUGGCCAGGAAUGCUAUGAAGCUCAAAGCGCAAUUGGAAAGUGGUGAAGUUUUGCCAGAGCAGGUGAAGGACUCUCUAGAUUUUAAUGUAGUCGUGCCAGAGGAUGAGAAGCGUCUUUUAACAAAAGAUGGAGCUGUUCAUCGCAAAACAUAUAAACUGAGGUGGCUUCGUAUAGAAGCUCAACUCCUACAAUUAGAUGCUCAAAUAAAAUCAAAUCUAGGACUAGAUCGAGCAAAUACAGAUAAAUGCUUACAGGCAAUGGAUGAUAUCUUGGCUCUUUCAAUUGAUCCUUUAAUGUUGAAAAAACACCCUCAUAUUGUUGAAACAGUGAAAAGGCUGCGACGAUAUAUUGGCAACCUAGGAGAAUGGAAACUAAGCGCAGAAGAAGGGGCUAAUUUCAAACAAAAGGCAGAACAGAUUAGACAAAAGGCUGAGCAUAUAUACAACAAGUAUAAAGCUAUGUUUACUAUACCUGAAGGUCAGUCAUUUUGGCAAUCAUUUUCGAAUCAAGUGGUCCACUUCAAAGAAUUGACAAAAGAUAUGCCUGAGGAGAAAGUGUUUUCAUUGAUGUCUGAUCCUGCUUGUUCAGAUGCGGGAAGAUCAGAAGAUUCACUUGCAGAUGAUAGUGCCAGUCAACUAGACACAGAUGUAGUAGCUGAAGCAGAAUCUGUAGCAGAACAAAAAGCAGAGCAUAAACCAGAAGAGGAAUUUGAACAGGAACCAAAAGCACAGACGGAAUCUGAUCCAGUAGCACAAGCAGAAACAGAGGUGGAGUCGGAAACAAUUGCUGAAACAGAAGUAGAAGCAGAAAUGCCUACUAGAAGUGAGAGUCCCAAGAAUGAGGAGACCAAGUAACAUACAUAAAAAUUUUAUUUCGUUAAUAUAAACUUUUACUUAUUUUCUUGUAUACCACCAUGGUACUAAAAAAGGAAAAAAAAAACGAAUAUAUAGCUAAAGUAUAUCGACCGCAUUUAUAAAAUUAUAUUUCCAUUAUAUUGGCUUUAUAAUCCUCUGUCUAUAUUUUAUACACGUAUGUUCUUACACAAUCAUUAAAUUGUUGUCUAACGACAUAUAAAUGUAACUUCUACAAUAUAUUUGAAAGUAGAAGCAUGAAAUUCGUUAAAAUUUAACUUUUUAUUUAGCGAGAUGUAAAUAAUAUGAUCUCUUGCUACAAUCAAAAAAGCAUUAUAUUAGUUAGCAAAUGUUAAGUUGUUGACAUAUGCAAUCAUAUAAAUAAAACGUAAUGAAAUUUAAAUCCACAUAUAUUAGUAUAUAUUAUUUAUGAUUUUUAUUUUAAAAUAUCCACAUUAUUUAAUAAAAGCAUGAAAUAUAAAAAUUAAAAUAGAAAUUAUUAUUACAUAUGAGGAAUAAAAUUAGUGUUACAACACUGACAUUAUUGGAUAAAAAGUGUUAAAAGGAAUUAUAAAACCAAUUGAAGUGUGAUUCUGUGAAUGCGAUCGAUAUCACUUAUACGCACGUGGAAAUCAAUCUCUUGAAUAAGUUGUGUUAUAUUUUCUUUCAUGAGUUUGUGAGUAUAUAUCCACAUUGUGCGAUUGCGGUUCACCUGCAUCAUCACUUGAUACAAUAUUUGCAAUCACUACUGAUCAUAUAACUAACUGGAUAAGAUCAGGCAAAUAUUCACUGUCAGAGGUUAUUCAAUAAAAGUGGCUAAUAUUAUAAUGGAUAAGAUCAGUUCGAAAUGCAUAGUAUUUUUACUUGACAGUAAAAUAAUGCUGUCAUGUAUCGAAAUACUAGUCUUUGUAUAUUCGGGUAGUGCCAUGAAGAAAAUUUGUAAAGAGCACAUAAACACUAUUCACACAAAAC